AACAACGAUUCAUUUUAUCAUAUCCCACCACAAAGAUGAAAAGAGGAGCAGAAAGACAGAUACAAAGAGAAGAUGGAGAUGAUCCACAUGGAGUUGGAGCAGAGAAUGAUGGAAAUGCAGGCAAUGGUGGUGGCGGCGGCCAAGGAGGUGCGGAUAUUUCUGCUAGACCGAUUCGUGGAUUGCCAAAGAAGAAGCUAGCAGGGAAUUCAUUUGGCGGAUCUCCUUCACCAUCACCUUCUGCACCUUCUUUUGGUGGCUUCGGAUCAUUCAAUAGUACCGCAACAACUCCAGCCAAUAAUGCCACAGCUCCAAAACCAACAUUCUCAUUCGGUCAACCUAGCAAUGGAUUUGGUGCAAGCAGCAAUACAAGCUCUUUGAGCGCCAGUGCAAAGCCUUUCACAUUUUCGGCACCAGCUACUACGACUACUUCGAAUGGUGUAUCAGCAUCUGCUUCAACUUCUACAGCUUCUACAUCAGCAUCCAAUAACGAUCUAGAAUACUACAGGACUCUAAGAGGAGUCAAUGAAUCACUCAAACAACAACUUGGAAGCAGUAUAGAAGCAGCGUUGAAAAAGGAUGCAUUCGCAGAUCUAUCAGAACUGCUACAGAGUAUAAGGGCAAAGUAUGAUGAAUUCCGUACCAAAGCAGAAUCGAAAAGAGGAUCUGGAGAAAAGAGUGAAGCAAAAGCAAUACCUGCACAAGAGCCACCGAAAGUGUCAGCUCCAGCAUCAAUAGCACAAUCGACGUCUCAGAGUACUGCCAGCGCUACCGGCCUUUUUUCUCUACCCUCGAAUCCAUCACCUUCACAGCCAGCAACCGAUCCGAAACCUACAUCGUCAGCUCCUGCCCAGCCAUCAGUAUCACUACCGAAACCACCUGCAUCUGGCGGGUUCUCAUUUGCUGGGUCUUCAUUCUCCGGACCAAGUGCAGCAUCUGCCACCACUUCAGAAGCAAAACUUUUGCCUGGUCAGCCGACAUUUUCAUUGCCCAAGACUGGAUUUUUCAAAGCAUUUGGAAAGGACUCUGAUGAAGACAAAGGAGAUGAGGAGGAGAAAGAUGAGGAAGAAGAAGACGACAAUCAAGCAGGCGCUUCUACAUCUACGGAAGCUCCUAAGCCAGCUUCGACUGCUUUUUCUUUUGGCGCUCCAUCAUCGAGCAGUUCAAAGCCAAUCUCUUUUGGAGCACCUACAACAUCAACGAAUGGAACAGGAUCGAAUCCUUUCCAAUUCUCAUUCGGAGGCAAUUCGUCCGCCAAACCAGCUACAGGAACGACGAGUACGUUUGGAGCACCAUCGAGCUCAUCAACAAAUACUGCCGCUGCGCCUGCCGCUGCAUCGACAUCGCCAGCACCUACAUUUUCGUUUGGACAGGCUGCCGGAUCGAAAACACCUUCGAUCGGAUCAAAUUUUGCCAAUACGAGUGGAGUAACACAACCGGGAGCAUUUUCUUUUGGAUCGGGAAAGAUUAGCUUUGGCGGCAGUCCUUCUCCAAGUACGGGCAAUAGUGGAUCGACGACAGGAUUGUUCGGCAACGGAAGCGCUUCUGCAACGCCUUCUUUUGGUUCUACAGGUUUCACUUUUGGAGCUCGAGUUUCAGGAUCAGAGAAGAACGAUGGAAGCGAAAAGAAAGAUGAUGAUAAAUCUUCUUGAUCGUUUUGCGUCUUAGUAAUGUACGAUAUAUCAUGCUGUUUUAUUUAUGUUGCAAUACGCAUCGAUGUUUAUGAGCAUGAAUUUGAUUCAACAAAAGGAAAACAGUGUGCAAGCAAUUGCAAUUGAAAUCAGUGCUGUAUGUAAGGGAAAGUUGGCAUGGGUAGAAUACAAAUGAAGGAGAGAGAGCUAUCCAACGAUAAUCUUUCAACGGGUUCCGCGUCCUCCACCACCCGAAGUAAGGACGAGCUUUUUCUUCUUUUGCUGCUUAGUCUGUUGUGGUGGUUGAGGCGGUGAUGGUUUGACUGUUUCCUCUUGCACGACUUCUUGUUUGGCUGGACUUUGACUUUCACCUUCUUUCGUCUCUUUCACUUCAUUGUUUGGAGGAGCAGUAUUUGUAGCAGCUGAGGUCGAAUUUGUUCUACCUGGGCUUCUGCGUGCUUGACGAUUCAGACCACGUCCUUCACGAACAGAAUUG